UGAAGGGUUAAUUUGUCAGGACCUUCUUUCUCAUUUCCUCCCUUAAAUGCUCAAUCCAUUAAGGUUCCCGAGUUUUGCAGUUGGAACAUUCACGUAUUGGAAUAGCCGAAUAGGAAAUACAGUAACUCUUGCUCACAAAAGAGACGAUUAGAUGAGAGCAUGAAUCACAAUCAGCGUCAAUGUCCUCGCAUGAUCAAGUCCUAGCGUCUCUCCUCUCCCAGAUUGUUCUUUCCUUCGACGGCGCCGUUUUGGGCCUCGCCUUGGCCUACGCCGCCAUCCGCUCCAUCCGCAACUUCACCACCAACUCCGCCUCCCUCCGCAAGCUCCGUCGCGCUCCCUCCGUCUCCGUCUCCGACCUCCGCUCGCUCCUCUCGGACUCCGAUGGAAAUUCUGACGAUGGCAGAAUUGUAGUUGUACGUGGCACCGUUGAGCCCAAGGCCGCCGUCGAUGGCAGCUGGAAAAGCUUGAGGCCAAGCCUCUUGGUCUCUCGUGAGUCCUGCGACAAAGCCGUCGUCCUUCAAAUAACUCAAACGUGUAUAUACAAUGAGUGGAAGGGCUUAUUUGGAUGGACUUCAGAUCUUCGAGCUAUUUUUGCAAGGUCUUGGAGACAACCAGAGUCUAAAUUCCUAAGAAAGGUGCCUUUUGUUCUGGUUGAUGUUGGACGGCAGCCAAGUACUGAAUAUGUUGUUGUCAACUUAGAUGGAUCAAGACAUCCCUUACCUCUGACAACAGUUUAUCAUAAAUUACAACCCAUAAAUGCUUCUCCUUAUACAUUCCUGCAAGCUCUUUUUGGGCAUGAGUAUCCAGUUGGACUACUAGAGGAAGAGAAAAUUCUUCCUGUGGGGAAGGAUAUCACAGCGGUUGGCCUUUGCAGUGUAAGAAAUGGAAUUCCCGAAAUUAAGUCAUGUAAAGACCUACCAUAUUUUCUGUCGGAGUUGAGCAAAGAUCAGAUGAUUGUAGAUCUUUCCUUCAAAACGAAAGUACUGUUUUGGGGUGGAAUUGUUCUUGGUUCAGUAUCAAUUGGGAUUCUUGGCUAUUCAGUCGCUAGAAACUGGAAUAAGUGGAUGCAAUGGAAAGAACAGCGGCAGCGCCAGCAACAAAGGCAAGCAGUUAUUGAUGAAGUUGAUCCUCAAGUGGAUGAGCAGAAUGAAGAUAUUGCAGAUGGACAGUUGUGUGUCAUAUGCCUGAUGAGGAGAAGGCGCUCUGUUUUCAUCCCCUGUGGGCACCUUGUGUGUUGCCAAGGAUGUGCCAUAUCGGUGGAACGUGAAGUGGCACCCAAGUGUCCUGUUUGUCGACAGGAGAUUCGGGAGUCGGUUCGGAUUUUUGAAUCCUGAUUAGACUGAGCUCGACUGUUCUGUUCACUGUUGAUUGUUAUGAACCAGUGAAUAUCCGGUGUAGAUCUUUGAAUUUGGUUUGAAUAGGUUGGAGGUUCAUUUGUAACCUCCCCAUAACAGGGAUAUUUUGAGUAGUAUUUUAAACCAUAUAGGAGUUUUCAAAUUUGCCAGUUGCAAUAUAGCAUAUAGAUAUAAUUACACCUAUACAACCAACCCUGAAAUGUUUCUUGUGAAUAUAAUCUUUAAGGCCAUAUUUGAGAUGC